AUGAAAAAACCAGAGUAUGACUUGAUGUGUCAUUGGAUUAUAAAAGCAUGGAAUGACAUUCCGGCAGAAAUUAUUAUCAAGUCUUUUGAAAAGUGCGGUCUUUCUAAUGUAUUAAAGAAUGAAGAUAAUGCUAAAGAAAUUAAAUACGAAUUGGAAAAAUUAGGUGAUAUCGAAGAGGUUGAAUAUGAUAUAGUGUUGGGUGAUGAAAAUAAAGAGAAUGAGGAAAUUAUUGCAACAGCUAGAACACAUAAUAUAGAAGUUACAGAGAGAAAUCACUUGAUCGAAAUAGAUGAAAGGGAAGAAUAA